GACUUACCUGGCAGUGGCAGCGUCACUCAAUGGGGGCAAUGUGCUGACCACGUUUGUCCACAUGCUGGUCCAGUGGAUGGCGGAUCUAGGCUGCCUCUUGGGCCACAGAGGAUCUGGAGAGGAUGAAGAAAUGGGGGAGCUCAGACUCAGGGGAUUCUGAGGACCUGCCCCAAGAGGACUCCUGCCCAGACCCCCAAGAUGGAGACCCUGACUUCAGGCCACCUCCAGCCAAACCCCCCAUCUUCCCUGUGACCAAGAGCCACAGUCAGCUCUUUGGGAAGUGUGGCUUGGUGGAAGCAUCCUCCACAGACUGCUCUUACGAGGAAGGCCACCCGGCCUCUUGCCCGGCCAUCACUGUCAGCCCUGUUGUCAUCAUCCAGAGGCCUGGGGAUGGCCCCAUCUGUACCAGGCAGCCGUCCCAGGACUCUGUCACUUCUGGCGCCCAGAAGGACCUCUAUGAUCGCAGGAAGAUCUUUGAAGCUGUCGCUCAGAAUAACUGCGAGGAGCUGGAGAACCUGCUGUUCUUCCUGCAGAAGAGCAAAAAGCACCUCAUGGACAGCGAGUUCAAAGACCCCGAGACAGGGAAGACCUGUCUGCUGAAAGCCAUGCUCAACCUGCAUGAUGGGCAGAAUGACACCAUCCCCCUGCUCCUGGAGAUUGCCCGGCAGACAGACAGCCUGAAGGAGUUAGUCAAUGCCAGCUACACGGACAGCUACUACAAGGGCCAGACGGCGCUGCACAUUGCCAUUGAGAGGCGAAACAUGACACUGGUGACCCUCCUGGUGGAGAAUGGGGCAGACGUCCAGGCUGCAGCCAAUGGGGACUUCUUUAAGAAAACCAAAGGGCGGCCUGGCUUCUAUUUUGGUGAGCUGCCCCUCUCCCUCGCCGCGUGCACCAACCAGCUGGGCAUUGUGAAGUUCCUGCUGCAGAACUCCUGGCAGCCAGCAGACAUCAGUGCCAGGGACUCGGUGGGCAACUCGGUGCUGCAUGCACUAGUGGAGGUGGCUGACAACACCGCCGACAACACCAAGUUUGUGACGAGCAUGUACAACGAGAUUCUGAUCCUGGGGGCCAAGCUCCAUCCUACACUGAAGCUGGAGGAGCUCACCAACAAGAAGGGGCUGACUCCGCUGGCUCUGGCUGCUGGGAGCGGGAAGAUCGGGGUCUUGGCCUACAUUCUCCAGAGGGAGAUCCGGGAUCCCGAGUGCAGGCACCUGUCCAGGAAGUUCACCGAGUGGGCCUACGGGCCUGUGCACUCCUCGCUCUACGACCUGUCCUGCAUUGACACUUGGGAGAAGAACUCAGUGCUCGAGGUGAUCGCCUACAGCAGCAGCGAGACCCCCAAUCGCCAGGACAUGCUCUUGGUGGAGCCGCUGAACCGACUCCUGCAGGACAAGUGGGACAGAUUCGUCAAGCGCAUCUUCUACUUCAACUUCUUCGUCUACUGCUUGUAUAUGAUCAUCUUCACCACGGUCGCCUACUACAGGCCUGUGGACGGCUUGCCUCCCUUUAAAUUGAACACCGUUGGGGACUAUUUCCGAGUUACUGGAGAGAUUCUUUCUGUAUCAGGGGGAGUCUACUUUUUUUUCCGAGGGAUUCAGUAUUUCCUGCAGAGGCGGCCGUCCCUGAAGACCUUGUUUGUGGACAGCUACAGUGAGAUGCUCUUCUUUGUGCAGUCGCUGUUCAUGCUGGGGACCGUGGUGCUAUACUUCUGCCACUGCAAGGAGUACGUGGCCUCCAUGGUGUUCUCCCUGGCCAUGGGCUGGACCAACAUGCUCUACUAUACCCGUGGCUUCCAGCAGAUGGGCAUCUAUGCCGUCAUGAUCGAGAAGAUGAUCCUGAGAGACCUGUGUCGCUUCAUGUUUGUCUACCUCGUUUUCCUGUUCGGGUUUUCCACAGCGGUGGUGACACUGAUUGAGGACGGGAAGAAUGACUCCGUGCUGGCUGAAUCCACGUCACACAGGUGGCGAGGGCAUGGCUGCCGGUCACCUGACAGCUCCUACAAUAGCCUGUACUCCACGUGUCUGGAGCUGUUCAAAUUCACCAUCGGAAUGGGCGACCUGGAGUUCACGGAGAACUACGACUUCAAGGCUGUCUUCAUCAUCCUGUUGCUGGCCUACGUGAUUCUCACCUACAUCCUCCUGCUCAACAUGCUCAUCGCCCUCAUGGGGGAAACCGUCAACAAGAUCUCGCAGGAGAGUAAGAACAUCUGGAAGCUGCAGAGAGCCAUCACCAUCCUGGACACGGAGAAGAGCUUCCUUAAGUGUAUAAGGAAGGCCUUCCGCUCAGGCAAGCUGCUGCAGGUUGGGUACACGCCUGAUGGCAAGGACGACUACAGGUGGUGUUUCAGGGUGGAUGAGGUGAACUGGACCACCUGGAACACCAACGUGGGCAUCAUCAAUGAAGACCCUGGCAACUGUGAGGACAUCAAGCGCACCCUGAGCUUCUCCCUGCGGUCGGGCAGAGUUUCAGGGAGAAACUGGAAGAACUUUUCCCUGGCUCCCCUUUUAAGAGAGGCAAGUGUUCGAGAAAGACACCCUGCCCCUCCCGAGGAAGUUAAUCUGAGGCACUUUGCAGGGUCCCUCAAGCCAGAAGAUGCUGAGAUCUGCAAGGAUCCUGCUGCUUCAGGGGAGAAGUGAGGGACCCUCACAGGGGGCUCUCAACAGUGUGGGCCUUGGGGUACCAAACAGUGGCUUGGGGGCUGGGUAGGGAGCACCAGUACUCUCAGCAGCCUGGCCUGGUAUGCGCCUGCCCAGGCACUUUCCCAGGCUGUAUUGACCAGAUAAGCCAUGGGAAGCACGUUGGAUGCAUGGGAAGAGAUCUUCAUCCAACCCUCCCUGUCCCCAGGUGGAUCUCCCAACAGGAGAGGAGCUUGCUUUCAAGGUUUUACUGACUUUAUUAAACAUCACGAAUGAUGACUCUCUGCUUGGACAUAUGUGACGCUCCUGUUAACUUUGAUUUCAUCUUAUUGGGAGUGAAAGUAAACGAAGCCCAGGAAAACACCUUUUAGAACAAAACAUGUCCUUGGAUGUAAAACACCGGAAGCCUUCUUCCAUGUCUCCCUGUCCAGGGUGGUCAGGGGCUGAGGUCGUUCAUGCUCAGAGAGGUGGGAGAGGCCACCCCACUGCCAGCUCUGCCAGCAGCAGGUUUUUUUCAGAAUGACUUCAUCCUUCUGUGAUACAUCAUGAUUCCAAAAAUAUUAGCUCUAUUGCUGUUCAAAUAAAAGUACAGAAUCAUGUCCCAAAGCCACGUGGCAAGAAUUUUUUGAUCUUUCAUUUGUAGUGGCCAUAGUCCUGCCCCCUGCAGUGGCACAUGCUUCUGCUUCCAUCCAUCCUGUCAUCCAUCAAAUGAAUAAAUAAACAAACAUGUAUCAUA